AUGUCUCGUCUCCACAAAGCUAUCUACAUGCCCUCACCUGGCAAACAUGACAUCCGUACAAUCAAAGAUCCCUAUGUCCCCAAAACAGCACAAUCGCUUGUGGAAGUACAGUACUCGGCUAUCAACCCAGCUGACACUCGUCACUCUUACAUGAAUAUGACCGAGUAUGUCGCAGGCUAUGAAUUCACAGGGACUGUCCGCGAUGUCGGUCCGGACUCACCGUUUAAAGUCGGCCAGGACAUCUUUGGCAUCUCCCUGCCAUAUGAUCAUCGGCCGAAUUAUCUUGGGGCCCAUCAGACCUUUCUUCUGGCCGAGCCGCUCAUGGCUUUCGAGAGGCCUUCCCAUCUCGAUCCCAUCACAGCAGUGACACUCCUCGCUGGUGCUGGAACCGCGAUCGAUGCUCUAUUCAACGAACUCGGCUAUGGCUUCCCCGCUGCUGGUAUCGAAGGUGAUGACCCGACAGACCAGCCAAUCCUCAUCUGGGGCGGUUCUGGCGCUGUUGGCCAAGCCGCGAUCCAACUCGCCAAAGCUGCAGGCUUUAGUCCUAUCAUCACAACAGCUUCACCGCAGAACCAUGAGGCAGUGAAAAAGCUUGGCGCAACUGAGGUCUUUGACUACCGGAGUCCUUCAGUUGUGGCAGACAUUCGCGCCUCACUCAAAUCAUCUGGCAAGUCGCUGAAGACUGUAUUCGACGCCGUGGCUUCGGGGUUGGGUAUCUUUGAUGGGCUCACAGCCGAAGAAGAGAAGGCUGUCCAAGACAAAUACGAUCAGAGCUCGCCAGGUCUCGCCCGUCAAUGUUGUGAUCCUGACGUGCCCUCCAAUGACUUACGUCUUACGGCUGUUCUGCCCGUGACAAAAGAUCCAACGUGGGGGUUCUGUCUUAACUUCCGAGUAGUUGAGUUCAUGGAUAUUGGCGCCGACGUGACAUAUCGAAACGAUGAGGAGAGACACGCAGCCGAGGAAAAGACGAAAGAAGCACAGCGGCGUAUUGAACAGGGUCUUCACUGGAUUAUUGAGAAUCAUGAGCAGUAUUGGGAAGCUCCGAGGACUAAGAUUGUCAAAGGCUUGGAAGAGGGUCUGCAAGGUAUCCGCGACGUGUGGAGUGGAAAGUUGAGUCGCGAGAAGGUGGUGAUUGAUCAUAGAGUUUGA